ACACUGAUGGUAUGAGAUCAAGGAUGGAAGAGAGUGAUUUUUAACUGCUUUGGUAGCUUACAUGGUGUGUUAGAAGUUAAUAGUCUUUCUUAUCACUCUCUUUUUGCUCUGCUUUGGUUUCUCGCUGUCAGUCGUAUCGAAGGUGUUUCUAUUGUACAAUUUGAAAUGGCUUUGAGUAUAUCUCUAUUACAUUAUAGAAUCGAUUAUACUGGUACAAUUAACAUUUCUAUCAGAAGCAUGUAGUAUUGUCUACGCUGUAAGAACUGUAGAGGUAACAAAGCACGGUCGCUAAGGCAGUGGAUCAAUAUUAAAGCACAUUAAAUAUGCACGUAUGGAAAUAGCGCAUUUAUUAAUCAUUGAUAAAGUGGAGAUUCUCGACGUCAUCCUAUUUAUCCAUUGAAACCGUUCAAGUACUCUUCUAAUUGAACAACUAACGUCAAAUUAAACAUGUCAAGCUCAACAACUCUCCCAAAAGUUCUAAUUGUUCUCACUUCAGCUGAUAAAACAGUCGAUGGACAUCCAACCGGUUUCUUCAUUUCUGAAAUCGCCCAUCCAUUCAGCAAAAUAGCCACCCACGUAGAUGUCACCUUCGCCUCACCAAAAGGACACUCAGUCGUUGAUCCAGCCAGUGUCGAAAUGUUCAAAGAAGACAUAGAAUCCAUGUCCUUCUUGAAAGACAGGGCUGACAAAUAUCAGAAGAAUGUCCCUCUUUCUGAAAUUAACCCACGCGAAUACGACGCCGUAUUUGUCCCUGGUGGCCAUGGUCCAAGUGUAGACCUCAUCACAGACAAUACAUUUGCACGUGUUCUUAGUGGUGUCUACCAAGCAGGCAAGCCUGUCGCUGCAAUCUGUCAUGCAGCAGGUACCCUCGGCAGCGUUGUCGAUAGAAAUGGCAAUUCAAUUUAUAACGGUCGUACUGCCACUGCUUUCUCAAACCUCGAGGAAGAGCAAGUUGGUAAAGUCCAGAGCGUUAAGGAGUUGCCAGAGGAUCACAUCAAGAGACAUGGAGGUAGCUACGUCAAAGCUGCAGAACCAUGGGGCGAGCGUGUCGUCGUUGAUAAGAACUCAGAUGGUAUUUUGAUCACUGGUCAGAAUCCAGCAAGUGGUCAUAAGCUCGGUGAAGAGUUACUCAAAGCAAUACGCGAGACUGUCGCUUAAACGAUUUGAAUGAUUUUGUAUGGUAAUGUAAAUGCAUGAAAUAAGUAUGAAAGGA